AUGGGGGGAGCGCAGCUGGUGGGGAGAUGGGUGGAGUCCUACACGGGGAUGUCGACGGACAACAUCAAGGGCCUGCUGCUCGCGCUCUCCUCCAGCCUCUUCAUCGGUGCCAGCUUCAUCGUCAAGAAGAAGGGGCUCAAGAAGGCCGGCGCGUCCGGCGUCCGAGCAGGUGUUGGUGGCUACUCGUACUUGCUUGAGCCACUGUGGUGGGCAGGAAUGAUAACAAUGAUUGUUGGCGAAAUCGCUAACUUUGCAGCUUAUGCAUUUGCUCCUGCUAUCUUGGUCACUCCACUUGGUGCACUUAGCAUAAUUAUCAGUGCUGUUCUUGCCCAUAUUAUGUUGCGGGAGAAACUUCAUAUAUUUGGUAUACUUGGCUGUAUUCUUUGUGUGGUGGGUUCAACAACAAUUGUGCUUCAUGCCCCUCUAGAGCGUCAAAUUGAGUCCGUGGCAGAAGUGUGGGAUCUUGCUACCGAACCAGCAUUCCUAUUCUAUGCAGCUGUUGUGCUUGCAGCAUCUUUUGUGCUCAUAUUCCAUUUUGUCCCUCAGUAUGGUCAGACACAUAUCAUGGUAUAUAUUGGCAUAUGUUCUCUUGUCGGAUCUUUAUCGGUCAUGAGUGUCAAAGCUCUUGGGAUAGCCUUGAAGCUUACAUUUUCAGGGAUGAACCAGCUAGUCUAUCCACAAACAUGGGUGUUCUCAUUUGUUGUAAUCUCAUGCAUUGUAACGCAGAUGAACUAUCUGAACAAGGCCCUUGACACAUUCAACACUGCAGUUGUUUCGCCCAUAUAUUACACCAUGUUUACAUCCUUGACCAUCUUGGCUAGUGUAAUAAUGUUCAAGGACUGGGAUCGUCAAAAUCCAACGCAAAUUGUAACGGAGAUGUGUGGCUUUGUUACAAUCCUUUCUGGGACUUUUCUUCUUCACAAGACAAAGGAUAUGGUGGAUGGUCUCCCAUCAAAUCUACCGAUUCGGCUUCCUAAACAUGCGGAUGAGGAUGGCUAUGCAGCUGAAGGAAUUCCUCUCAGAUCUGCUGCUGAUGGUAUUCCGCUCAGGUCGCCAAGGGCUACAGAUUCAUUUCGUUCAUCAUGA